AUGAGGAUGAUUCUUAGUGAUUGGCUGGCCGAAGUUCAUAACAAGCUCGAACUGCGUGUUUCGACAAGGUUGUUUUGCGGAAGGAACUUCAGCAAAAAGGCAUCACAUCUCAAUGUGUUGCUAGCCUGCAAAUAUGAAGAGAUUCGGAUGCCUGAGGUGAAUAACUUCAUGUCUAUGUCUGACAAUACAUAUACCCAUGAACAUGUACUUUCUACAGAGAAAGGGGUCCUUAGGGAAGUUUCACUGGGAUCGCAUGGGAAUGUGCAAAGUUCUAAUCAAAUUUUAAAUGGAGAGUUCAUGGGAAAUUCUCACGUAUUGACGGGACUCAUGGGAGUGGCUGUAUCUCUGCUUCCACCCUGCUACGUGUCUAACCGUGCAGGCUUGCAAAUUAGGUGCAAGUUAGCUGGUUCUGGCUUAUUGUAUCUAGAUCGUGACUGGUUUUGUAGCCACUGCAGUUUUAAGUUCUGGCUUCUUUCGCAUCUAACAGAUCUUUUUGCAUCUCUAUUAUCAAGGAAAACUUGGAUUACAUAUAGUGGUAAUAUUUAUUUAGCAUCAAAUUUAUCUCUAUUAUAUAAAGGAACAGCUGAGCGUUUGAUCGGUGAUGCUGCUAAGAAUCAGGCUUAUGAAUUUUGUGUUGGGAAUUUGAAUAUAGUCUAUCUGGAUGUUUUGGUUGUGAUUAUUUGGUUAAUUAUAUUUAGUGUUUGGAAAAUUGUUGAAGGUUGUGUUUCUGGAGUAUCUUCGUUGUAG